CGGCCGCUGCAAGGCCUUGGGCCUGGAAGGUGCCUGGGGUCUUGCAGUGCGGCUGCAGCAGACUGAGUGAGGGGCGUGAUGAUGAUAGGUGGCACGCGGCCGGGGUGCAGUCAGGAAGCAUGGGUGUGUUGGAUCACUGUAGUUGUCCUCCGGCGCAGGUAAUUCUAUAGAUUGCACAGCCCACCUCUAGCCACUGAUUGAUAAGUGACCGAAAUCCAGCUUUUUCCAAAACCUAGUUGAGAUGCAAGCAUGAUGGCGGUGGCCAGUAGGCACCGUGUAGUUAAGACAGAAGAGGCUGUGAUGGACUUCACCGGCCCUUGUUGAGGAUUUCAGUGAAUGCAGAAAGGCCUCGCUGUCGCUUUCAGAAUUGUCUGGGUGUGAGCGUAGCUACUAACGGUGCAAAUCAAAACAGAAACUCCUAAGUGAGAAGAGAUGUUGAUGGGUAAUCUUGACUGAGAGCAACUUUUUACACGUAAUUUGUGCACACCUUGUGGCAAACAAACUGCUACUAACGUACAGUAAUGACACCUGUUAGUUCAGGGAGUACACACACCGGUAAUGUGGACAGGCUUCUAAAUAAUUGAAACAUAAAAAGGUGAAAACUGCACUAAAAUAUCAAUACAAAAGUAAAUGCUAGUAGAAUACAGUCACCUGGAUAUUGUUGUACUUAUUAUGUCAGUAGCACAAUUUAAAAAGUAUUUUAAAAGUUUAUUUGUGAGGCAGAGAGAGUGAGCAGCCAUCUGCUAGCUGAUUCAGCAAAUCCCCACAAAGGCUGGAACUAGGCCAGGAUGAAGCUCAGAGCCAGGAACUCAGUCCCAGUUUCCCACAGGGGUGGGAGGGACUCAAUUAUUUAAACUUUCACCUGUUGCCUCCCAGGGUCCCCAUUAGCAGGAAGCUGGAACUGGCGGUGGAGCCAGGGCUUGGAGCCAGGUGCUGGGAUUGGGCGCGUGGGCACCUUCAGUGCUAGGCUAUCUGUCCUAGCUGCUCAUUUCUGUUUCCCAAACAUUUGUCAGUUUUUCCACAUUGAACAAAUUUCGAUUCAACAGGGUAUGCUCAGUGAGACAGAAUCCAUGAUUGAGUCACUUAUUGGUGACCAUCACAUGAACAGAUUUUAAUUGGACUUGAAAAUGAGUAAGAGCAAGAGCAGAAAGCCAGCAGUGCAGCAGACACCAGGUCCAGAGACCUGCAGCCCAGAUGUGCUUGCUGACAUUUUUGAGCUCUUCACCAAGAACUUUACUUACGGAAAGCCACUUGAUGAUGAGUGGCAGUUACCAGGUCCUCAAGAGAUGUUCACCAGUGAACACACGGAGUUUACUGCCUUUCUUGAUUUGAAGAACUCCCUAAAUGAAGUGAAAAACCUACUGAGUGAUAAGAAACUGGAUGAGUGGCAUGAACAUACUGCUUUCACCAACAGAGCAGGAAAAAUCAUUUCUCAUGUGAGAAAAGCUGUGAAUGCGGAACUUUGUACUCAGGCCUGGUGCAAGUUCCAUGAGAUUUUGUGCAGCUUUCCACUCCUUCCCCAGGAGGCUUUUCAGAACGGAAGGCUGAAUUCUGUUCACCUCUGCGAAGCCCCUGGAGCUUUCAUAGCUAGUCUCAACCACUACUUGAAAUCCCAUCGGUUCCCUUGUGAAUGGAGCUGGGUAGCUAAUACCCUGAAUCCAUACCAUGAAGCAAAUGACAAUCUUAUGAUGGUUAUGGAUGACCGGCUUAUUGCAAAUACAUUGCAGUGGUGGUACUUUGGUCCCGACAACACUGGUGAUAUCAUGACCCUGAAGUAUCUGACUGGACUUCAGGAUUUCCUGAGCAGCAUGGACACCGUACACCUGGUCACUGCAGAUGGGAGCUUUGAUUGCCAAGGAAACCCGGGUGAGCAAGAAGCUUUAGUCUCUUCUUUGCAUUACUGUGAAGUUGUCACUGCCCUUACCACGCUUGGAAGUGGUGGCUCUUUUGUUCUGAAGAUGUUUACUUUGUUUGAACAUUGUUCCAUAAACCUGAUGUACCUGCUAAACUGUUCUUUUGACCAAGUCCAUGUUUUCAAACCUGCUACUAGCAAGGCAGGAAACUCAGAGGUCUAUGUGGUAUGUCUCCACUAUAAGGGAAGAGAGGCCAUCCAUCCUGUGUUAUCUAAAAUGAUGCUGAAUUUUGGGAUCGAAAUGACCAGGAAAGCUCUCUUUCCCCAUCAUGUGAUUCCGGAAUCUUUUCUGAAAAGGCAUGAAGAAUGUUGUACGUUCUUCCAUAAGUAUCAGCUAGAGACUAUUUCUGAAAACAUCCGCCUGUUUGAGUGCAUGGAGAAAGAGGAACAAGCAAAGCUGAAUAAUUUAAGGGAUUGUGCUGUAUACUAUUUCAUGCAAAAAUUUCAACUGAAACCUCUUUCCAAAAAGAAUUGGUUAGUAAAAAAAUCUAACAUUGGUUGUAGUACAAAUACAAAAUGGUUUGGGCAGAGAAACAGAUAUUUUAAAACUUACAAUGAAAGGAAGAUGUUGGAAACCCUUUCUUGGAAAGAUAAAGUUGCCAAAGGAUACUUCAAUGGUUGGGCAGAAGAGCACGCUGUCUGUCAGCCCGGGCAGAGCUCUCUGCUGGAAGGCACAGCUUCCAAACUGGAGUGUCACUCAUGGCAUGUUUUAGAAGGCAAGAAACUGCCAAAGGUAAAAUGCUCGCCUUUCUGUGACGGCGAGGUUUUAAAGACUCUCAAUGAGGCAAUCGAAAAGUCUCUAGGAGGAGCUUGGGAUUUGGAUUCCAAGUGUGGGCCCACACAGCGGCCGCACUGUCCUUGUGACAUUUUUUCUGCAGAACUAAUACUUUCUGAGUUGUUUAGCCUCACCAAGUGCCUUCAGGAUGAGCAGGUUGUGGAACCCAGAAACCAAGUGAAGUGCCUGCUCGUGGGUUUGCCGGCUCUCCAGAACGUCAAGGUGCACGUGCCAGUGGAAAUUCGACUCCUGGAAUCGGCUGAACUCCUGACUUUCAGCUGCUCCUUGCUUCAUGAUGGAGACCCGGCUUAUCAGCAGUUAUUUCUGGACUGCCUGUUGCAUUCAUUGCGGCAGCUUCAGACAGGGGAUGCUAUGGUUUUGCCUGUACUGUCCUGUUUAACAAGAUUCAUGGCUGGUUUGAUUUUUGUACUUCACAGUUGUUUCAGAUUCAUCACGUUUUCUUGUCCCACGUCCUCUCAGCCCCUGAGGACCUGUGCAGUUCUGCUGUGUGUUGGUUAUCAGGAUCUUCCAAAUCCAGUUUUCCAAUAUCUGCAGAAUGUGAAUGAAUUUUUGAGCACUUUGCUUAACUCUGAUUCCUCCCAGCAGGUUUUACAAUUUGUGCCCAUGGAGGUGCUCCUUAGGGGGACAUUACUUAAUUUUUUGUGGGAUUUGAAUGCUGCCAUUGCCAAAAGGCAUUUGCAUUUAAUUAUUCAAGGAGAGAGAGAAGCAAUCAGCAGCCUUCAAGUAUGAAAUUGAACAUGGCCUUUCUGAGAUUUAACUUUAUGACCUCUCACAGUUUCUCAGUUAUUGCAUCCAUUCACUCUCUCGAUUCGGUACCUUUCAUUUGGGGAAAGGGCAGCUUCUUCACUUCAUCGUUCAGUCUUGCGAAUUCUGGAAAGCCAUCAGCUCGGUUAGGUCUCUAGGAUGUGUCCAUGCACAGGCACAGUUAGGUGAGGUGAUGGUGUGCACCCUUUAAACACGCAUUGUGUGUAUCUGUCAGGGUGGACACGCCUAUGCUGCUUAUGCAGUCUAGGUGGUCUGAGCUGCUCAGGAUGUGCCCCUGUGUCCGUUGUGGGGCACGGCUGGUGUUUGCCAGCUGACUUCCUCUCCUGGCUAGUGCUGUUGAUGAGCAUUUUGACAGAGGUCACCGAUGAAAGGAGGCAACACUGCUGUCCUUCAGCACUGAGCAGGGCAGCUGCGGAUUUCGGGGAACUCAUCUUAGCAGGUGUCUUGGUGUGCCACCCAUUGCCCUGAGACCACUGACCUGGUUAUCUUCUAUGCUCAGAUGAAACUGGGGUGCUGUUCUGUGGGUGUCUAGCCAGCCGUAACCAUCCAACUAUGAAAGAGAGUGGAGCAGCUUCAAACCAAAGAUCAUGUUAAAACAAUGAAAAAUUGUAAUGUCUAAGACUUGUCUGUAUCAUGAAAAGCUUAAUGUAGGUAUGGUAUGGUGAUUUUUUAACCUCUACGAAAUAAUUUGUGAAUGAGAGGAUUUUGAAAUUUUAAGGUUCGGUUUAUAGCCUCAUGGGGAAUGUGUGAGUGUGAUGUGUGAGUGACGUACUGAGGAAGAAUGCUAACACUUCGAGAAUGACAGUUCAGCACACAACAUUUUUUUUUUUUAACUGAUUUUCUGUGUGGAAAUAGCACUUUGCCUUUAAAAUAGCCAUGAGAUGGUUAUGUUAUUAAUUACAUUUGAUUUCUUUUGAUUUGUUUGUAUUUGUGCAAUGAGCCUUUCUGGCAAACUGUUAAACAGUUCUUCAUUAUCUUUAAGUUCCACAGAGUGGAGAAUACUUAUAUUCUCACAUGUGCAUUUUUAGGCAUUUUGUUAUAUGAAAAAUAGAUUUAUUCUCUGAUGUAUUUGGUUGAUAAAUAUUAAUCUGAAAAUUUUUCAUGUUCUUUGCUAUUUUGAGUUCCAUUAUAGAUUCAUGAAUAAAGUCAUUAGCAGAGAGAUUUUGUGUUCAUCUUUUUUAAAGAGAAUCAUAGGGGAAGUUAAAAAUAUAACUUGGAAACAGACUUUUUUUAAAGGAAGGUUUGAAUGGGAGUUAAUGUUCCUUCAUUUCCUCUGAUUUGUAUUCAUUAAAAUUUAGGCCUUAAUAUUGUAAUAUUUAUGGAACGUCUACUUUGGGAGAGAAAUUGAGUAUGGCGGGGGUGAGGGGUGGGGAGGGAAAGAUGUGGAGACUGGAGGUAGAUUUCUUAAACAAAUGUGAUUUUUUACUGGUGACUUUAUAGAAGUAUUUCUAGUUUGUGAUGAUGCAGCUCUGGCAGAAAACAGAUUACCAACAGAAAAAGCACUCUUGGGAAACCUCUUUGCACUUGAGUUUUUAUGCCUUGUUAGGUUAGGGCUCAUAGAAAGUGGUGUUCGUUUUUACUUACUUUAACUGUUUGAAUUAGAAGGAAGUAGACAUCCUAGGUCUAGGUGGAAACUUAAGCCCCUCAAAUAAGUAUUAAUUAUUUUUUAAAACAUUGAUCUUUAUUGCCAUACAUAACCCUGGAGUAUACUAGAUUAUAUUUUUGACAAAGCUGUUGAAAUCAGUUGCUGUUGAUCUGAUGUAUUGGGUUCAGGUUGUUUUAAACAUGGGGUUGAUUUGAAGUUUCAAAUUGAAGUGAAUGAAAAUGACAGGUCCAGUAUUUUACAGGAGUCAUUGACAGACAGGGGAGGGGAAAUGGUCCCCCGAAAUUAGUGAACAGAAAAGGCCCUAAAACAUGAGAAAGGAUGUAGUGUGGUUUAUCAGGGUAGCUACUGUUUGAAAUUAUUUUUCAUCUGUCUUGAGAGUUUUAAUUUAAUUGCCGUGGCCUUUGAAAAGUUUUUAGCAGCUAGAAAAUUUAAACCGCAUGAAUGUGUUUUCCCAAAAACUUGGUGAGAAAGAAAUCUUGCACAUCUAAUUUCUUCAAUAUUAAUAUUUAUUCUCCCUCUGGGAAGAGUCUUGUAAUUCCGAGGAGAUCUUCGUUGUAAUGCUGUUUCAUAUAUGAAUGCAUUGAAAAUAUAUUCUCUAAAAUUUUUUUUUAAUUGAAAUUUAUGAACUUUACUCCUGUCUUUGAAAUACCUUUUCAUUUACAGGGAUUUGUGUAAAAUUUUCUUUGCUACUACAGAGAUAUGGGAUGAAAUGAAUGAAGUGAGAUUAAAAUAUUGGAAGAAAUGAAAAAAAGUUUGCUUAUGCUUUUGUUAUUUUACUUAUUUUUGUGAGGAUACCAGUCUUUAAAAAUUUUAGCAUGUCUCAUUUCCAGAUGAGAUCGUUAGUUGGACAGUUUUUGAAUUGGUAACAUUGCUUUGAUACCAGUAUACGAGAUUAGUUAAUCCUCAAAUUUUUCACAGUGACAGUGUUGAUAAUAAGCCCAACAGAAUCUUAUUUUCAUGAUUAUGUACUCUGGUCCUUGAUUUUAAAAAGGAGUAACAAAUAGUUUUAGUGUUUGUUUUCUUUCCAAAAUGAAAGUAAGGAAUAGGACAGUUUUAGUUUUGUUUUGGUUUUUAAAAAAUUAUUUUUAACAAUAAAUGGUUAUUGUGUUCAUAAAAGUAGUUAUGAUUUUAAAGAUUUUAAGCAAAGUAUAAAAGACUUCAUUUUUAUGUUCUAAAAACACUAAGACAGUAAGUACACUGAUACAUUCAGGCCUUACCUUUUGUAAUCUUUAGUUUUAACAAAAUGUAGUCAUAAUAUGAAUAUCAUCCUUUAUUAAAAUGAUGACAAGUCACUGUGCAUAGAUGGUACAGAUAUGCAUGACCAGCUGAAAAUUGUCACUUCGUAGUUAUUAUUGAAAAGAGACUCACUUGUUUGAUAAUAGGCCUCCCCUACCUGUCUUUUUACCUUUAUUUUUAACUAGAUAAAACAUUUCUAGGUUGAUCUUAGGAAGAGCAGUAGCUAUAAAACAAAAAUUUCAAUAUUGAAAGUUAACUAUUUCAUACUUCAAAUUCAAUAUUAAAAAUUAAUUUCUAUUUGGUAAAUUUUAUUUUUGGAUGGGCUAAUGGGCCAAAUAGUAAGUAAACUAAAAGCUUACUACUACAUGUAGUAACUCUUAGAUUGUAGGUGUGUCUUAGGAUAUGUAAUUAAAAUGGUAAUCCUCAAUAAAUAUAUAAUAAACUGUUGCUUGUUUUGAACAAUUCAGUACAUUGUUUUUGUAAGAUUGAAAUUUUAAAAUAAGGAGCUCUUAUUUCAUUCUCUUGUUAUUGAAUCACUUUAAUUGUUGCCUUUUCUUGUUGUUGACCAAUAUGAAAAAUGAAGAUAACUUUAGAUAAAUACAAGCUUAUAUUGUAAUGAUUUUGGACGAGGUGAAGUUUCUUUAUGACUGUAGCUACAUGAAGAUACCAGCUGUUUAUUAGUGAAACGAUUUGUAAGCUAUGUCACUCAGCAUAGGUUAGCAUUUAAUUUCACUCAGUUGUGUCUGCCGGUGUUUACAUACAGGCUGUGUCUUUAUAAAUUUUAUUUAUAAUAAUGUUUUUCUAGUUUUCUGGGGAGUUUUAUCUUUGGGUCUUCCGUGAGUGUCUGUAUAGAUUAAAUGGGUGGAAUCUUUGUUCAUUUCUACUAAGUGUGGCAGCAUCAGCUUAGACUUGCUGGACAUUUAGCAUUAUUUAAUAUUUAAUAUUGCAGCUAUAUUUUUAAUUUAUGGAAAAUCUGUUGUGAUUAAAGGAAAGCAUUUGUAGAAAUUGUUCCUUUUCUGCAAAGUAUUUUUGUUCAUCCUGUUGAAAAGAUACUUGUAUUAAAAAGAUUCUUUGA